AUGACGUUUUCAGCUGAAGCUUGGAGGUGUUAUUUGUUCCUUCCCGUCGAAGAGCGAAAGGAGGCUAGAAAGGGGAAGAUUUAACGAUUACAUAGACCAUUUUCAUACGGUUUCAAUUACACAAAACAACGGCAGAGGAAGGUUGACACAGGAUCCAGUGGCCAUGGCAUAUGCAUACCUUUUCAAAUACAUCAUUAUCGGAGACACAGGUGUGGGAAAAUCAUGCCUAUUAUUACAGUUCACAGACAAGCGGUUUCAGCCGGUGCACGACCUCACUAUCGGUGUGGAGUUUGGGGCGCGGAUGAUCACCAUAGAUGGUAAACAGAUCAAGCUGCAGAUCUGGGACACGGCCGGCCAAGAGUCCUUCCGCUCCAUCACCCGGUCUUACUACAGAGGGGCAGCUGGCGCCCUGCUCGUGUAUGACAUCACAAGAAGGGACACCUUCAACCACUUGACAACCUGGUUAGAGGACGCUCGCCAACAUUCCAACUCCAACAUGGUCAUCAUGCUCAUUGGGAACAAGAGUGACCUGGAGUCCAGGAGAGAGGUGAAGAAGGAGGAAGGAGAGGCCUUCGCCAGAGAGCACGGCCUUAUCUUCAUGGAGACCUCCGCCAAGACCGCAUCCAAUGUAGAAGAGGCAUUCAUCAACACAGCGAAGGAGAUCUACGAGAAGAUUCAGGAGGGUGUCUUCGACAUCAACAAUGAGGCUAACGGCAUUAAGAUUGGGCCCCAGCACGCUGCCACCAACUCCACACUCUCCGGUAGCCAGGGGGGCCAACAGGCUGGAGGGGGAUGCUGCUGAACACCCUGCCCCUCUGUCUCAUACCCCCUCCCCUAACCACCCAUCCUGCCCCCUGCGUUUCUUCUGGACUGGUCGGGCUCACUAACAUUUUCUUAACCCCUCCCUCUACACAGCCUUGCCACAGGAGAGUCUAAUUGUAUACUCCAUGACUGUCAGUCAAAAUAUACCAAGCAAAACACGUUAAAGUACCCCCCCGGUCCUGGGGCAAAAAUGCUUGUCCUGCAUUGGAGCCUGUCUGGGUUGUAGAAUGGUAGGUUUACUGUUACUAUUGUGGCAGGAUGCUUUAGGAUAGGGUCUCAUAUCUAUCUGUACAUCAAACAGGCAGGAUGCUUUAGGAUAGGGACUCGUAUCUAUCUGUACAUCAAACAGGCAGGAUGCUUUAGGAUAGGGACUCGUAUCUAUCUGUACAUCUGUGAGCCAGUUGUGGAUCAUGUCUUUCUUUUUGACGUUUUGACUUAAAGCUGAAUUGUAUCGAACACUACAAGCUUGGUCAUCAAUUAGUAUUUGAAUUGGUUUCAUGUGGGAGAAAGAAAGCUUUGGGAACGUGUGGUUAACGCAGAAGUUUGAAAUAAAAGAGAAAAAGAAACGUA